AGCGGACAUUUCAACAAUACUGGCCACUCUUGUGUGGGACGGUCUGUUUAUUGUCGUCAUCGUUGGUCUACUGUAGUUACAAAUGAACUUUCUGAAGUGGCUUACUGGUUUAAAUGGGGAUUCUACCAAUGAUAACCAACUAGAUUACUCAUUCUUGUUUCCCGUAACCAUUGGUGUGGGAUCAAUCCUUAUUUGUCUUGCUGCGCGCUAUCGAAACGAAUUAGUCAGCUUUAAAUCAAGUAUGUCCCGAAAUCCAAAAGAUGAGAGUAACAUAUCUGCACGUCGUGGCAAUGCCUAUGCAAAUUCAAAGAAAAAGGCCAAACAUUCCAGUAAAUUUGAAUCACGCACUCCUCAAGUUCAGGUCCAGAAGCAAACAGAAGUUAAGACUUCACCACCACCUGUUGCAAUCGAAAGAGAGAUUUUGGUCGUGCCUGUUCCACAAACUCAAUACACAGCUGUUCCACCUCCCCAAACUAAGCAAGAAGUGGUAACCAGUACCACCGAUGGAAUUGAAGCUGAGUUCUUUAACCCCACACCGAAAAAACCGAAGAAAUCGAAGCGUUCAUCUAAAACUAAAGACCCUCAAAGUCAUGAUACAAAUGAACAAGCCGAAAUCGACCCAGCAUGGGUUACGGUCACGUCAAAAAAGGUGAAACUAUCUAGCCGAAGUACUCAGAAAAAGAAGAACAGCGAAACAGAAGGGGAUCAGUUUGUUGCAGAAAGCCUCUCACCGUCUGAAUCUUUAAACGAAUCACCAAUCCAGCACAAACAGCAAAAUAAUAAGCAACAAGAAUUGGCCUUCAGCAAUAAAUCUCAACUAUCUCUGUCAGAGGAUAAGUCUACGAAAUUAGAAUCCAGUACAAACCAAGUGGACUCCCUCAGACAAGCGAAAGCUCCUACUCAGGUUCAUCCUACAGCAAGUGAACAUGCGAAGUUUGUCCCAGAGAAUUCGCGUCCUGUAACAUCUUAUGAGGAGUUAUUGUUAAAAAAUCUUGGUGCUGAAACUGUGACAGCUAUCCGUUCACUCAUUCUAAAUAGUGAAAGUCAUACGACUCGUCCUGUUGACUCUGCUCCUCCUCCUCCACCUCUUCCUUCUGUGGCCACUGAUCCAGUCAAACAAAAAUCAUCACCUGUCCCUCCUAAGGAACCCAACCAACUGCAUAAAAAAAGUGAACUCGUUUCACAGCAUACGGCAGCGCAACUACAAGCUCGAGAAGCUGAGUGUCAGAUCUUACGUACCGAGGUUGUGCAUUUAAGGGAUGAAGUUACAAUGUUGAAAUCCUUAGCUCUUAAUCAUGUUCCUGUUGAAAAGUCGAUGACUGAUGCUGAAACUAUGACUGAUCCUAUUGAAAGCAAGUCAUCAAAUUCCAUUCAAUCCAAUGAUUCAGAUGCAAUACUACUGUCAACUCUUCAGGCAGAAAUCGCUCGUUUAGUCAAAGAAGUAGUUAUCUACCAACAACGUAGUGAAAACUUAAGAAGUCGUUUGGAUACAGCCAAUAAGAAACUAUCCGAUUCAAAGUCUAAAUCUGCUGAUGAAGCUAAACUGCUACAACAGACGUUAGAUGCACAGUCCGAAAAACUGCAUAACUUAGAGGCUGAGAACAAGCGUUUGGAAAAAGAAUUAAACGAUGCCUUACAGAAGGCUGAAGUACAUCGUCGUAAAUUAGAGGAAAGUGAACACAUUACCACUCAACGGUUGGAGGAACUAGAAGUCCUUCGAUUAGAUAACUCAUCUUUAAGGAAAAACUAUGAAAUUCUUGAAAAUGGUGCCUCUUUACUUCGUGACGAAAAAGAUAAUCUGGCACAUAAAUGUGAUGAAUUAAAUAAUAAACAUACAACGAUUUUAUCCGAGUUAACUGCAUCUCAAUCCCAGUGUGGUAUUCUUCACAGACAAGUGGCUGAUUAUGAAGAACGUCUACAUAAAUUAACUGAUCAACACAAACAUGUUGUAGAUGAUUUAAAAAAUCAGUUGAAAUCAUUAUUAUGCAACAGUCAAACCAGUGAAAAAUCGCAUAUCAAUAUGAUACACACAUUAGAGGCAAAAUUGGAAAGAUUAACUAAAGAAGCUGAGGAACAGAGUAAACAAAUUCAAUUAUAUGAAAGUGAAUUAGAGCGUUUACAUGCGGAGAAAAAUAAGAUUGUUGAACAAACUUCCAAAUUGUCUAAUGAAGACAAAGUUAUACAAACAGCUGAUGAAAUCGACAGUAAAUCUAACAAUCAUCAAUCAAACAUGCAUAAAAUGAAUGAUUCUAUAGAUCAAACAGAAUCCGAUCAUUUCAUUGUUGAGUCUACUGAGUAUAGACUGUUACAAACGCAAAUUGAACAGUAUAAAUCAGCUCUGGAUGCCACAGAAUUGAUGUUAUCCAAAUUACAAAAUUCUGUCAAUGAAGAAGAAGCACGUUGGCACAAAGCAUUGGAUGCUGCCAAUAUUGAAAAUGAGCUGGUAAUUUCUACUCUGAUAAUACUACGCCUUUGUUUAAUUAUUUUUGCGAUUGCCCACAUAGUAUCACGUGAUUAUAUACUUGUAGGAAACUGUAUGAAAUCAGUGAAUAACUUGGGCACAGUGGUAGAAUGUAGUUCCAUAUUAGAUUUGUUUAUUUGAUAUAAAGCGCACAGUGAUACAGUAUUAUUUACUUGAUUACGUUUCGAGCAUAAAUUAUUGCUCAUAAUCAUAUCAAUGUAAUCACACUUCUUUCGACAUCUGAUUUUAUAGUCCUGUCACCUGAUCUCUCUUUGUUUUUUGAUUGGUAGUAAAGUUUUCCAUAUCUCUGGUAUAGGUGUUGCGUCAUUCCUAUUACAUGUGUUGGGUGUGAAUUCGAUGAACAAAGAUUCAGUAAUUAAUCUCUCUCUCCACCUAGCUAUAUUAGACUUAAGUACAGUGGUUUUGUCCCAUCCUAUUGUGUGGUUGUGUGUUAAUGAAUGUAAUGCAAUGGCUGAGUGUUUUUCUAGGUUAUUGAUCUUAUUGGGGUCUGUCGUUCUAUGUUUAGCUAAAUUCCUAUGUUCUGUUAAUCUAACUGACCCCGACCGGCUAGUUUGACCUAUGUAUUUGACUUCACAGUCAUUACAUGGAAUUUGGUAGAUUAUAUUAUUUUGCUUAAUUGGUUCUAUCGGAUCUUUUAGCCGACACAGCUUACCUCUAAGUGAGUUUGUUGGUUUAAAUGCCACCCUAAUUCCAACCUUGUUGAGAAUCCUACGUAUGGUUUCUGAUGUUCCUUCCUUGUAUGGUAUCACAAUAGAGGUGCUGAUUUCCUUUCUACUUAUGUUGUCACUAUUAUUUGUAUUUGUAUUAGUGUUAUUAUUUUGCUUCUUAUGCGUCCGUGUGAAUUUCUUAAUAAAAUGAUGGGGAUAAUUAUUAGUUAUUAACGCUUCUUUUAUGUGUUUCAAUUCCUUAUUUAAGUCCUUACAAUGACUAGUGAGUUUCUCAGCUCUGUUAUUUAGACAUUUGACUAAACCCGCUUUAACUGACACUGGAUGAGAUGACUUGAAGUCUAGAUACCUGUUAGAAUGUGUUGGUUUUCUGUAGACGGUAGUAUCUAAACCACCAUCUAUCCUUCGUUUUAUUCUGCAAUCCAACAUAGGUAAUUCUCCUUGUUCAUUUUCUACUUCGUAGGUGAAUUGGAUUGCGUUAACUACUGAGUUUAUGUGUGUCAAGAAACUGUCGAUAUGUUCCGAUUUCAACACUGUAAAUGUGUCAUCUACAUAUCGCCACCAUAUCUUAGGUGUCGGAUUAUAUGUUCGUAAAGCCAUAUCUUCCCAACUAUCCAUAAAUAUAUCUGCUACUAUAGGGGAUAUCACGAAUAUACUUGUAGGAAACUGUAUGAAAUGUUUUCGAAACAAAACAGAAUUAUCAGAUGGAUUAAUCAACGUAGAAUCUUGUUUGUGUUACUGCAAGUCAUCAAUAUAACAUGAAAAAAUCUGGAACUCCUGUAAGAAGUUUAGUCAGAACUACAGUAACUAGAUAACGCUCAUAUUACAUGAAUUUCUCGACUAGUAUUUUCUUUGCAGACUUUUUCUACGUUUAAAUGUAGAUGCCUUGAAUGCUAAUGGCCAAAAUCAAAUGGUGUGUAUUCUUUAAAGUGUUUUUAGUACGGUUGAUUGAUAUUACUAGGCAUUGUUGUUCGAUUUUUAUUAUCAUUAGUCAGUUGCUUUACUAAAGACAAGGGAAGCCAUCCACUUAGCUGGUUUAUACAUUGUUGGGGCUAUCAUCAUCAAAAUCAACAUAGAACCAUACAUCACUGCGUAACGGUCCGAGUUGCGCAGCUAAUAUCAGUGCAUUAAGUAAAAAAGGCAGCGAAGUGGAAGAUGAAGAAAAGAAAAUUCUGUCAGAAAAAAUAUAAAUUACUGAAAGAGAGAAAGGAAGAAUAAGAAAAUGGUAAGAUUCGCUAUAGCGUCGUUAAGAUGGGGAUAAUGUGUGUGUACAUCUGCACCACUGACAUCGGUCCUCAUCCAUAUCACCUGGAGUCUCCAACCACUGGUUUCUUUUAUCCCACGGACGCCAACCGGUUAGUCUGCAUCGCCCCACCUGGCUCAGACUAACAGUCAGAGACUUCAUACAUUGAUGCCAUGUUUUAGUCUGGCCGCCUCAGGCCUUUUUCCAGCCUGAACCUACUUCGGCCAACAUUAUGUGACGAGGCAAUCGGUGACUAGGCAUACGUGAUACGUGUCCCUACCAUCUCAGUCGUGAAGGUUCAUAACCUCGUUAACUAAUUUACUUCUACUCCCUAAAACUCUACUCCUGACUUCUGCGUUACUCACAUGGUGACACCACGGAAUACGGCAUAUAUUAUUACGAAGGUAACGGUGGUCAAACACCUGAAGCCUUCUAAUGUCUUUAAUUAGUACUUUUCUUAAACAUCUAUUAUCGGACUGUAGUAAAUAAUCGUUUUACAAAGAAUACCUAACUCACAUUUUAAAGGUUACUCAACAGGGAUCUCCUGUGAACCUCAUCAUCGUUUCUAAAUUGUAAGAUGGAUUGUAAUUAUCUUGGCAUGUUCAUUGGAUUAGAUAUAUACUUGAUUGUCAGAUAAUCAUAUAUUUUACUCUUUGCAUUUAUUUUGUUUGUAUCUUUCAUAAUUUAAGAAGAAAAAAAUUCAUUUUAUCUGUUAAUCAUGAUUGCCGCAUCAAUUUUUGGUUCAUUUUUUCCAUGUUCUAGUUAAAAACAAAAUCAAAUAAGCUUGAAGCAGCUUUAAGCGAACUAGUACAAGAUCGUAAUACACUAACAAAAACUAUUGAAGAGCUUCGUAAAAGUGGACAGUUCAAUAACUGUAAUUCAGUUGACACUAUUAGUGACAAUUCUUCUGCAAUAUCCUUUUGCAAUGAAAAUAAAUUGGAGAAAUCAUCAUCUAUAUCACCUUCACCUUCAUCACCAUUGUCGACGACUACAACGGAUACAGAUGAACAGAAUAUGUCUAGAUCUGAAUUGAUUCAUUUAGUUACUAAACUACGUUGUCUUGUUGAAGUUGAACGGAAUGCCUUGAAACAAGAACAGUCAUUGUCAGCUGAGCUGAGAACAAGACUAAAUGGCACCAAUUCACACGAUGACAAUGGUAAUCAUAAUCAUUCACUUAGUUCUGUAGAUGACAGGGAACAGUCUUCAAGCGAUAAUCCUUCAGAAAUUACUAAUAACUGCAUAAACCAUAAGGAGGAAAAUGAUAACUAUAUUAGUGUAAAAUCUAAUUUUAUGCAUAAUAAUAGUAAUGGUGAUGAUAAUAGUAAUAAUCUACACGAUCAUUCAAUUCAGAACCAUGAAGAUAUCAACAAGUCUGGACAACACAAUAAUUCUUUAGAUAUGAUUACUAAAGUAUCAGAUUGCAUUCCUCAACAUGAAAUAUCAUCAAAUGAUGACAGUUAUAUUCUUCUUUCAAAUGGUAUACAUAAGGAUAUAAAUGGAGAGGUUAACACUAAUGAAAAUGAAACUUAUAAUAACUGAUUGUAUUCGAUUGCAAUAUAGACAUUGUUUUUAUGCAGUUCCUUGUUGUUUCUAACUUAUUUCAUAUUGUUCAUCAAUUUUUUGCUGUCUAUCCUUUUUCAACCGACUUGUUAAAAUUAUUUCGUUGUCUGUAUGCUUCAUCUCUUAAAUGAUACAAUCAGGUAAACC